AUGGUGUAUACUUCAUGGAAUCGGAUAUCAAACCUGAACUUCCGGUGUUGGUCAACGCCGAAGUCCCCCAACGCCUUUUUUUAUUAUGGAUUAGGAAUAAAGUACAACUGGGAUCCCAAGACACAAGGCAUAAUACUAAGUUCUUUUUAUUAUGGCUACGUUGUGACGCAGCUUCCAGGUGGAAUUUUGUGUGACAGAUUCGGAGCCAAGUGGUUGUUUGGGGGUGGAGUACUUGUGACCACGUUUCUUUAUCUGCUGAUACCCUUAGCAGCCAACUGGAGUGUAUUAGCUUUUACCAUAAUUCGAAUUUUAGAAGGAUUAGGAGAGGGUUUAGCUUUUCCUGCCAUCACCCACGCUAUAAGCAACUGGGCUCCAAGAUUCGAACGAAGCAGGAUUUCUUCCGUAAUCUGCAUGGGGGUUCCGAUCGGAAAUAUAAUUGGAUCACCGAUAUCAGGUUUCCUAAGCAGCACAGAUUUUAUUGGGGGUUGGCCCUCUAUCUUCUACUUAUUCGGAAGUUUCGGAUGUGCCUGGUUCUUGCUUUGGUGCAUUUUGGUGUAUGAAACUCCUGAAGAUCAUCCUCGCAUAUCAAAAGAAGAGCUUCUAUACAUCCAGCAGAAUAAAGAUGAGAAACUUCAAACGAAAGCUCCUAUUCCUUGGAAGAAGAUAUUUUCAUCGCUUCCCGUCUGGGCCGUCAUCAUAGCGCAUUUCGGACAAAAUUACGCAUUUUUGAUGUUUCUGACGCUUAUGCCGACUUACUUCAAAACAAUUUUGCACUUCGAUAUUAAAACGAAUGGCGUCCUUUCUGCUAUGCCAUAUGCGGCUCUGGCGAUAAGCAUGGCUCUGGCAUCGUACUUAGCUGACAGACUUAGGAAAUGGAACAAAAUGAGCAUCUCAACAAUACGGAAGACUGCAAAUUCAAUAGGUUUAGUGGGUCCAGCUCUGUGCUGCAUAGGCAUCGUAGCAUCCAGCUGCCAGCGAGAACUCAUAGUCGGUCUGCUGUGUCUCGCCAUGUUUCUCAAUGGGUUUGCUUUCUCUGGUUUCAAUGUUACGCACGUGGAUAUGAGCGCCGAUUUUUCAGGUGUUCUUUAUGGAAUAACGAAUACCGUUGCAAAUACUGCUGGUAUACUAAGUCCUACUAUUGUUGGCUUUCUUACGGCCAGUGGAGAAACUGUAGAAAACUGGAAUACUGUGUUUUGCAUAACGUGUGCGGUCUAUAUGAUGUGUGCACUUUUUUAUGCCUUCUUUGCUUCUGCAGAAGUACAACCUUGGGGGUUAGCUAAAAGAGACACUCCAGCUGUUUCAAAGUCAGAAAAGCCACUUUUUGUUGAAGCCAAUAAUAGCUAAUGGAGAAUUAAUUAUAGAAGAUAUUUACAAAAGGGAAUACAAAAUUAAUGGACAAUACUGUAGAAAAUAUAUACAAAACAGUGAUAACAGUGGUAUUUUCCACUGAAAAAUUAAAAUGU